AGGGAGUGAUGGUAGGCAUGGGUCAGAAGGACUCGUACGUCGGCGAUGAGGCGCAGUCCAAGAGAGGUAUACUGACCCUCAAGUAUCCCAUAGAACACGGAAUUGUGACCAAUUGGGACGACAUGGAGAAGAUAUGGCACCACACCUUCUACAACGAGCUCCGAGUGGCCCCCGAAGAGCACCCGGUGCUGCUCACUGAGGCACCCCUUAACCCCAAAGCCAACAGAGAGAAAAUGACUCAGAUUAUGUUCGAGACGUUCAACACACCCGCCAUGUAUGUGGCCAUUCAGGCCGUCCUAUCGCUGUACGCGUCCGGACGUACGACCGGUAUUGUGUUGGACAGCGGCGACGGUGUGUCGCAUACGGUGCCCAUCUAUGAGGGCUACGCUCUGCCGCACGCUAUCCUGCGUCUGGAUCUCGCGGGCCGUGAUUUAACCGAUUAUCUGAUGAAAAUCCUGACCGAAAGAGGCUAUAGUUUCACGACAACAGCCGAGCGAGAAAUCCCCUCACUCGUGAGCGGUCGCGACAGACAGAGCGCCGACGACCGGACGGACCGCAAAGACAGAGAUCGACCGCCAGAGAGGCCGCGACGCGAUCGUCGCGAAGAGCGUUACGAUUAUCACUCAUCCGGUGCUGAAAACUAUCACUCAGACGACCCGAAGAGUGGUAACCGAAGUCACGACAACGAUGUGAAUCCGUACGAAUCGCUGAACGGCAGAACCCCUCUUCCCAACGGUCGCCGAUAUCGUGGCGGCGCUCGGGGUUCGCGCGGCGGCCGUUCAGCGGUGGGACCACACGUGCAACGGUCCCGCUCUCAGGCCGACCAACACGACGACUAUCCCGCAGACAUAGCCUUUUACGUGGAUUACUCGCCGGUAGACCUGACGGGCAUUCAAGUGACGCCAUUCAUUGGUCCCUAUUAUUUCAAUAACUCGAUGAUGGGUUUAGACAACGAAAUGCUUAAGGAUUACAUCAAAAAACAGAUCGAGUAUUACUUUAGCGACGAGAAUCUUCAGCGGGACUUCUUCUUGAGGCGCAAAAUGGAUGCCAACGGCUUUCUUCCCAUAUCUCUAAUCUCGUCCUUCCAUAGAGUGCAGGCACUCACACAAGACGUCCAAAUGGUUAUCGAUUCUCUCAGAGAUUCCACAUUAGUUGAAGUCGUCGAUGGAAUUAAAGUCAGACCAAGACUUACACCGGAGAAGUGGCCACUCAGUGACAAUUUGAGUGGAGCCGCGGCUGGACUUCAUGCAAACGUUCCGGCUUUCAUUCCUGGACAGCCUUAUGGCUACGGAUAUGGAGACCCAUCGCUCAAUAAUUAUGGUGAAGAGGGGGCCACUGAUGCUGAUAACGAGGCCGACAAUGAGGACAAUCGCAAUGAUAGCGUACAGAGCUUAACGAGUACUUCAAAAGAUGAUUUCAAAUCCAACGAUAUAAAGCAUAAUUGUAGACCACAAGUGACACAAGUGAACAGUAAUUGCAAACAGCCAUUAGUCGCCGACAAGAAGGAGUCUUCAUCCACAGCACCGCUCAAUGAUAUCACUCAACAAACCGCUGACAGUCCUAAAGAUGAUGACACCCAACAUAAUAAGGAGAAUACAGUUAUAUAAUUGAAUUAAUUUAAAUAUAUUUGAAUUAUUUGU